AUGCAAAUGAAGCUAUCGGCAGCCGAAUUUGCGACGCCACCCAGAUAUUUCACACAAUCUAAUAUUCCGAAGGAAAAUUUGCGGAAUUUACCCACAGACACCGGAAUCCCAGAUGUUAGACAGUUACAAGGUCAAAUAUCUCACGAAGCUGAUCUCGCUGGAAAGACAUAUCUACGGGGCUCUUUUCAGUUUCCGCAGUCGGAUUCUGUACUACCCAUCCCCUGUGAGGGUUCAAAGCCAAUAUUGAAAGUUGCUAAUGAGUCUUUUACCAACAUCCCUGCAAUUUCAAGGGACCCUGAAAACAGCAUAGAGUAUAUGUCUACUACGGAUUUCAAACCUCCUGAGGGGGCUAGCAUUUUGGCAGGGGCAAUACCGACCCCCGAGAGUCUUCAAUCAUGGAAUAACUCUAACGUUGAAGCCUCGAAGAACCCUUCAGAUACUUGGUUUCAUACUAGUGAGCCUGUUACCACUUGCAACUUCGCUCAUUCAACUACGGAAAACGCAGACAUUGAGGAUGGUGAGGAUCUUUUGGAUGCCUAUAUUGUUGGGUGGACUUGA